GACGUGCAAACACAGAACCAUACACACACACAGAGAGAGAGAGAGAGAGAGAGAGAGAGUUUGCUUCCCCUAUCAACAUUUCUCUGAGCCGAGCUGUCACUCACAGUCACCAUGCUGAUGUCUGUGCUGCUGUUGUGUUUUGGAGUCUUCCUCCUCUUCUUCCUCUUCAGGGUGCAAAGACCCAAGCACUUUCCUCCUGGACCCAGAGCACUUCCUCUGCUGGGAAACCUGCUGGAGAUCAACCCACAACAGCCUCUAAAGACUUUGCAGAAGUUGGCAGAACACUAUGGUCCUGUCUUCAGUGUGUAUGUUGGCUCUCGUCCUGCGGUGGUGUUGGCUGGUCAGAAGGUCAUCAGAGAGGCCUUGGUCUCCAAAGCCACCGAGUUUGCAGGACGCCCAACUCACACGUUGGUUUCUCAUAUACAACAAAACAAAGGUGUAAUCUUAGCAGAUCACAGCCCCUCAUGGCAAGAGCACCGGCGCUUCGCCCUGACCACGCUGCGGAACUUUGGGAUGGGGAAGCGUUCCAUGGAGGAGAAGAUUCUAGAAGAGGCCCAACACGUCUGUGCCGAGGUGGAAAAACAUGCAGGGAAAUCCAUGGAUCCUCAGUAUCUCUUUCACUAUGCUGCCUCGGACAUAAUCUGUUCCAUUAUUUUUGGGUCACGAUUUGACUAUAACAACGCCUACUUCCAGAGCCUCAUCGUCAUGAUGGUAGAACUGACAAAGUCAGUCCUCGACCCUUGGGCUAUGAUCUAUGAACUUGCCCCUUUCGCAAGGAGUUUGCCUCUUCCGUUCCAUCGAGCCUUUGACUUAACCGACCGGGUGAAAAACCACAUACGGAAAAUGAUCAUUGAACACAAAGACUCGUGGUGUUCUGGACAGCCAAGGGACUUCAUUGAUAGUUAUCUGGAUGAGAUGGAGAAAAGGAAAGGUAAAGGGACCACCUUUGACGAUAGUCAGAUGGUAGCCAUUUUGUUUGACCUUUUUAUUGCUGGGACUGACACUACCUCCAAUACCCUGAGGACAGCAACACUCUACCUCACAACCCAUCCCCACAUACAGGAACGUUGCUACCAGGAGAUUGAGGAAGUGCUGGGCUCUCGUGAGCAGGUGUGCUUUGAGGAUCGCCAGUCCAUGCCCUACGUCCAAGCCAUGAUCCAUGAAUGCCAAAGACUAGCUGAUACAGUUCCCCUGAGUGUGUUUCACGCUACGACCGCAGACACACACAUCCAUGGCUACAGCAUCCCAAAGGGCACAGUGGUCAUUCCUUUCCUGUCGUCAGCGCUACAUGAGGAGGGUCAGUGGAAGUCCCCUCAUGACUUCAACCCUGAGAACUUCCUGAAUGAGAAGGCGGAGUUUGUCAAACCUGAUGCCUUCAUGCCCUUUUCUACAGGCUCUCGUGUGUGUCUGGGGGAGGGACUUGCUCGCAUGGAACUCUUCCUCAUCCUGGUCACGUUGCUGCGUCGCUUCCGAUUGGUCUGGCCAGAAGAAAGGGGAGUUCCUGACUACAACAAGGUGUUUGGAAUCACACAGGCACCCAAACAGUACCAUGUUACUGUCCACCUGAGGGAGGGAGUGAACUAAUGUGUUUCUCUCUGUUGAUCCACUUGAGGGCAAUGAAGUGUCUGUUGCCUUUUCCAAGUAUGGGUUUCAGGCAUCUAUGAAUGUGAUUGUUUUUUUUUGUUGUUCUUUUUUGCUACAACCCUUAUUAGUGCUAUUGCUGACAAUAAUGUAGUGUCUGACAACACAAUCCACAUGUUCAGGUAUAGAAAUAAUAGUAACUUAA